AUGUACCACCUCCCCAUCGAUCCUCCUAGCCAGGAGCAGUACCAGCGAAAGCUGCGGAUCUACCAGGACAAACCCCUGGAGGAAGUGCUGCAGCAGAGUGACUGGCCAAUUGGAAACCUGGCUGAUAAACGCGAGCCUCAUCGUCAUGGAGUCGCCCGAAUUGACAACAUCCCGUACACGGUCACUCGUCAGGAGGUGAUCCAGCUGUUCGGCAGGUCUGCGAAUCUGAUCCACUCCUCUCAAUGCCCCGUCCAUAUCAUCAUGGAACGCUCUACUGGCAAGACCAUGUAUUGCUUCGUUGAAUUUGAGAAUCACGAGAGUGCCAAGGCGGCAGUGGACCGCGUGAAUUGUGCCUCUGACUCUCACAUUGGCCCUCGCAUGGGCAAUCGCCAUGUCGAUGUCGCUAUGAGCAGCCAGGAAGAACUGAUGAGGGCACUCUUUCCCAUGGCAAAGUGCCUUGACUGGAUCAACGAUCGUUUCGUUCCCCACGGCACUAGCCCCGCUGAGUGGUGGUCAUCCGGCUUUGAUGGGUUCCUCACCGACGAAGAACUGUUCUGCGUCCUGCGACACGCAAAGGAGCCUCACCGAGUAUGUGACCAUCCUCCCUUCGUUCCCCUUCUUUACCAUUAUACUGACAGAUAUCUCAGAGCGCAUUCGCUGGCAAGGUGCCCCAGCGCACAUACGAAUCCAUUAUCAGCACCAUCUGGAAGGCAAUUCCCUUGGUACGCGACUGACAUGUAUACUGUGCAUGCUCGCAACCAGCUGUUUGACACACUGCUGACGAUGGCGGAGCUCCUGUACUCGCGGGUCACCACCACUCGCACUGUCGGCCUAGACUACCGCCUGGUUGCCGAGAUGAUGCAGACAGGCCUCCGAUGCCCGGCAUUCAACCCCCGCAUGAAGUAUGCUCUGGUUGAAGGUGGCCGUGAUCAUGCUACCCUGGCCCGUAUGUCGCGAGAAUACCUCUCUUACUUCCCCUUCGACACUCUAACCUGGUUGUCGCCGUAUGACGUCGCUUGCUUGACGUAUUAUGCAUCGCUCAUGAGCCAUGGCCGUGUUUCCCAGACCGAGCAACAGGGCCUAGAGAACCGACACACGGAUCCCACCUGGAUCCAGCCUUAUGGUCAGCAGCUCUUUGCUUGGAAUGACAAGACCGCCAUGAGUAAAACCUUUGCAGAUGCGAUUACCUACGAGAUGGGUGUUCUUAGGUCUCUCCUAAUCGCUGGCUUCGGAAACUCGGGUAGUCACUCCCGUGUGUCGUCUAUCGGAACGGCGCCGCCAAGUAGCCCUCCUGACCACUGCGCACCCCUGUCUUCCAGCAGCCCUCGCACCGCGAGCAAUACUCCGCGGCCCGGUCAUACCUCCACCUCUAAUACCCGUACACCCUCCUGGUCGAAUACCGUGGACGAAUUCUAUCCGCCUUACCACUCCACAAGCCAGAGCUGGGACCCCUCUGUAACUACCUACGCCGCUGGCGCCAGCCAGACCCGUACUCGCACUGCCCAUAACACCUGGCAGACUCAUCCUUCUCCUGGCGGCAGUUCGUUCCGUCAGUAG